AUCUGUUUAGUUUAGUGACAGUAUUUUUUUGUGUGUUCUCUCACGGAUAUUUGGGUUAGCAAUAUGAAAAUCUUCGGGCUGUUGGUGCUUUCCUUUAGCACCGUGGGGAUCACUUUUGGAAUUCCAGUAAAUGAGAACCUUGAUUUCAAUUCUGAAUUCUUAAACUCAGAUUUCUGUUCGCCACUAAUCAUUGCCCACCGCGGAGCCAGCGGAUAUGUCCCCGAACACACCCUAGGUUCUUAUGCUCUCAGUAUAACCAUGGGAGCUGAUUACAUCGAACCUGAUCUGGUAAUGACGAAAGACGGGGUACUUGUGGCCCGACAUGACAACGAACUGAGUUUGACAACCGACGUCGCAAGUCGUAUUGAAUUCGCUACACGCAACCGGACUCAAACAGUGGACGGAUCUGCUAUCACCGGUUGGUUCACGGAAGAUUUUACACUGGCCGAAAUAAAAACGUUACGAGCUAGAGAACGCAUACCAGAUAUCAGAGCUGGCAACGCACGUAUGGAUGGCACCUUCACGAUUCCUACGUUUCAAGAAAUCAUUAGUCUGGCGAAAGGUCUGCAAAAAAGUCAAAAAAGAACUAUUGGAAUUUAUCCAGAAAUAAAACAUAGCACACAUUUUAAGAAACUAGGUCUGGCAAUGGAGGAGCCUGUUGUGAACAUACUCCAUAAAAACGGAUACCGUGACCCAUCCGCACCGGUUUAUAUUCAAUCGUUCGAAGUUACCAAUUUAAAAGAACUUAAAACAAAGACCAGGCUUCGUUUGUUACAACUAUUCGAGAGUGAUAAAUCUCUACAGCCUUUCGACCAACUAGAACUGGGAACUAAUCUUACGUAUGGAGAAAUGGCUUCACAAGAAGGCUUGAAGGAAGUCGCCAAAUACGCACACGCAGCCGGUCCUGACAAAAGCUACAUAAUUCCCCGCGAUACAGACAAUCGAUUAGGUGCUAAGACUACAUUUGUAGACGAUGCACAUGAAGCAGGCCUUAAGGUCCACCCGUAUACAUUUCGCGCCGAGAACGCAUUUCUACCAACGGAAUUCCGGAGUAAUGAAUCAGAAUCGAAUAGUGGAGAUUUCGAAGCUGAAUUAAGAGCGUAUUUGGAUGCAGGGAUCGAUGGUCUGUUCUCAGAUCAGCCGGACAGAGUGGCUCGUCUUCGAGGACCUUGUUUGAAAUAGUAAGACUUGAACUGGCACCGAAAUGAUAAUGGAAAAUAAAUAGUUAAAAACCUACCUACGGUACAAUGUUGUUAAUUUCUAUUUGUUUAAAGUAACCUAAUAAAAUAACCUUUUUUUUUUUAAUUACGUUAAAUAUUCACUUUUUAAUAUUAUGAAAUACUAGCUGACCCGGCAGACUUCGUAGUGCCUCAAUCUAUAAAUAAAAAACCUAAGCUUUUGUAUAAAAUAAACUUAAAACAAACAAAAGGAAUCCGUCCGACGGGGGACACAUCAAAGGAAAAACAAAAUUGAUAUUUUAUUUAAUUUCGAGCAUUUUCAUAUUUAUCUACCUUUUAAACCUUCUCUGGACCUCCACAAAUAAAUCAAGACCAAAAUUAGCCAAAUCGGUACAGCCGUUCUCGUGUUUUAGCGAGACUAACGAACAACAAUUCAUUUAUAUAUAAUAGAUAAUCGAGAGCAAUGAAAGUGGGUCACCUAAGGAAACCUAUAAAUCUUGGAAACUAAGAAUGCUAGCUUAAUAAAAUAAACGGUGUUUAAUAGACAAUAUAACACCCCUUAAAUGAAAGUAAUAAAAUUAAUAAGUCACUACAUUUUAUUUAUUAAAAAUUACUUUAAAAAAAACUGCUGAUCUCGCCUUAAAACCAAAAUAGGAAAUUGUACAACAAUAUGAUUUUCUUAAAUAUUAAUACUUUGUAUUGCC